GCGCGCAUUCACCGCAACGACAACAACACUGCGGCCUCGUCCUUCAGUGGGCCCGUCCGUAACAUUCUGGGUCGUCGUUUCGACUGGAAAUUUUUUUUUCAAACGCGUUUUUUUUUUCCUUUAAUAUUUUUCCCGGUCGUCAACCGCCGGCGUUGGUCUUUUACACAUUUCUGUUGGUCCGUUGCGCUUUCGCGCUUCGCGUUCCCCGGACAGACAGGCGUGCGUGACCAGCCCUACGGCGGCAGCAAAUCUCGUCUCGGGGGCCGGACAAAUACACACGGAAGAACCUGCAGCUGUACUACGUCGUUGUCGCCGUCGCACCGUCACGUCCUAGUAUUCAUAUCAAGCCUUCUGAACGUUCAUUAAAUAGGAAGACACAGAAAACGAUUGAGAAAAAUGAAUUCCAAUACAGCUUACUAUUAAUUGCUGUUCGCUGCAUGCAGCAACAACAACAGAAUUGUAAAACCCAAAGAAAACCAAAAAUGCUCCACUAAGCAUCUGUCCCCUCUUAAAGAAGAUGGGAUAUUCAACUACAUACUCAUCAGCUCAAUAAAUAACCCUUUUGGCUGUUUUGUACUUUUUUUUUAUUUAGUAUAACUUACAACUUAAAUUUUUUAUUCACACGCAAUAUAUUUUAAACUAUAAUACAUUUAAUUGAAAACUGAAAUUAUAAGUCAUAAAACAUCAAAAGUAUGUCCCACAGUCAUUUUUUAACCAAAGAAAACUUUCCUAGCUUUUGCAAGAAGUUGUCUGAACUUGAGUGGACAAUGGAUUCAACAUGUACAGAAAAACCUGAAACUUCGUCUCCUGCAUAUUCUUUUCUGCCAACGGCCCGAAAUGUACCCAAAAGUGAUUAUCAUCCUAAAGAAUCUUACCAGCGUUUCUUAAUUGAUUCUAAUGAAGACAAUACUUUAAUUGAAAAAUAUCUAAAACAAGAAUGUGACACUUAUAAGUUGUUUAGUGGUCCACCAAUUAAUCCAUUAUUUACUGAUGAAGGUCGUGGUUCUAGUAUUGAAGAUUCUCCAAAAUCUUUUUCAUAUUUUUCAAAAACGAGUUGCUCUUUCAUGGAUAAAAGUAUUUGGGCACAGGAUUCUGGUAAUGAUAGCUGGCCUGAUGCAUUUUUGCCACUGGAUAUUAAAGAAGAAACCACAUGGAAAGAAUUGAAUAAUGAAAUCAAAAAGGAGCCCAUGUCAUGGGCAGUAAUACAGCGUCCAGCCAAAGAAGAUAAAUUCAAACCCAUUAAUCAAUUGGUUGAUGCUGGUGCGGCAAUUUUUCCAGAUGGCUCACAAUUCGAAAUUGAUUUAUCGUAUGAAGCAUUUGACGCUGUUGAAGUAGAAGGGAAAUUAUACAUUGGCAAAGAUGAAUUUAGGCGUACAGAUGAUGGGUUGUUGUAUAAAGUCUGUAACCAAGAUAAAGGUACUCAAACGGACAAUUGGGAUGACAAUGAAACUGUUUUAGUAACACGUACUGCUAGGCGACAUUACCAUUUUCCAAUAUUCCAGAAUUGGCACACAUCUCAAUCAGGCGAUAAUCAAGAUUUGCUGAGUGAUUUUUUUAAUCCACAGCGUGCACGUGAAGUUAGAGGUGACGUGGAUGAUAGACCUCAAAUGGUAGAUAUGCUUCGUAACAUUAUGGGUAUGCAACAUAUAUGGGAUAAGCCAACUAUGUACAAUGAAAUUGAUGCUUAUCCAGAACAAAAUUUGUACAUACCAACAACAUGCAAUGAAUUGGCUGCUACCUACACAAUAUUGCAGUCAGAUAGUGGUUCAGAAAGUUCAGAUGAUAUAGACAAUAAUUGUGGUACUCUAUUCCGUAAUUCGAGAACUUGAGAGAGGCAUUAUUGAUUUAGGAAUUUGCAAGAUUAAAUCAACACUGUAAUAUUUUGUUUUGCUGUGCACCAUUUAUGUUUUUUGUCAAGACAUGUUAGGCUCAUUAAGGUUAGGUUAUACAUAUUUUUCUUUGGGACAAAAAACUAUAAUAUUUUACAUUUGUAUGACCAAUAACAUUUAAUUUGGUCAAUAAGUUAUUUGUUUAAAAUUGUAUUUAAAAACAAAAUAAAAAAAAAGAACAAAACGUCAAAAACCCUUAAAAAAAAUAUAUAUAUAUAUAUAUUAAAAAUAAACAUACCAUAAUAUAUAUUUAUAUCUAAUGGAUAGACCUAAGGCUCUAAGAUAUUACCAUAUGGGUUAUUUUCUUAGGUUAAAGAAAUUAUCCCACUUAAAUAAUUUGCUUUGAUUAAUGAUGUAUUUUUUUUUUUUUUGAUGUGUUCAAAACUGUCAAGACAUUUUAAGAAUUUUAUCAUUUUAUUAGCCCGAUAUUAGCAAUAUUUUAUAAUUAAUCAAUUUUAUUUUGAAGAAAAAAGAUAAUAAAAUACUAAAAUGGUGAACUACCCGAAAGUUGAAUCUAACAAAAUUAUUAUCAAGGUAUCAAGAGUUAGGUAAGGUGUCUAUGAGCAAAGUAGUACAUACUCUACUCAAAAGUGAGGAACUGGACAAAUUUCUCUGGAUUUUUUUUAUGUGCGAGUAUUUUGGUGAAUUCAAUGUAUUUUUAAGUUAUUUGACCUUUCAAGUUUUGUAACUUAUUUGAUCUAAAUCAUACCUUAAAUUAUUUUUAAUUGAUAAAUAUUGCGGGUUACAUAAUGUUUUUAAAAAAAUGUAUUUAUUCUCGAAAUUCAUAACUAAUCACCACUGUAUUAAAAUAAGUUUUCUUUUAAAUCCUGGUAAUAAGUUUGUCCAGUUCAGUUAGAAGAUAUCCAAAAGACGGGUCCUGAUUUUUUUUAAAUAUGGCGCCCGAAAAUUUACUUUACAUUCUUUUAUUUUUAUAUACAUAUAUACUUAUAUACUUAUAUUUGUAUGUAUGUAUGUAUUUUUUUAGUUUAAAGUGAAAUAAAAGUUAUUUUUUCUAAUAAUAAAACAGUCCGAAAACCGUUUUCGGCCCUGAUUUUUAAUAAAAAAGCGCCUAGAGUUUUAUUUAACACUAACCAAUUUUUUUUUUUUUUAAUAUUAUUUUUAUUUAUUACACGCAGUUAACCAAAGUGCCUUUUAGAAACAUGUAUAAAAUUUGAGUUUUUCAUUGUAUUUAGGGGUUAAUGACUGAAUCAAUCGCUCUUUUGUUUAUCGGUUAUUAGAAAACUGAAUUAAAGCCGAUAAAUGCACGAAUGAAAUAGUUAUCAAAAGAUGCGCACCCCUUUUUAAUUAUUAUUUAUGUAUGUAUAAAAAAGCAUGUACGCUAAGACCCAGAUAAUUUACAUAAAUAAUUUAUUUUUAUUACUUUUAUGUGUGUAUGUAUAUAACAUAUACAUACAUACAUGUAUACAUUUAUCAUUUUUUACGAGGCCAAAGGAAUAUUGUUUUUGUGCAUUUGUUUUGUUAAAGUUGUUAUUUAUUUUAAAAUAUUUUUUAAUACAUUUCGUAAGAGAUGGAGCACAAAAUUAUAAAAAAAAUUUGAUUUUGUUAUUUUAUAUUCUACCUUGAUUUGUCUUGACAGUUUAGAACAAAUAUUAUAUUAAUCAAGUUUGAAUGAAUCUAUAUAAUAUAUAAAAAAAUGUACCUAAGAGGUCUUAAGAUCUUUUUAGAUAAUUGAUAUUUACUAAUUUAUAUAUUUAAUAUAUAUAUACAAAAUGUAGGUUCAUAUUUUAGUUUGUGAAUUUAAUGAGUUUUAAUUUCAAAAAGAAUAAUGUUAAAUUUUGUUAGGGCAUUAAAAAGAGGUAAGACAAAAUAUAAUCACAAUUUAUAAAGAAAAAAUGCAUAAUAUGUUUGAUUUUUAAAUUUCAACUUGUAAGCUAUUGAAUUAUUUCACUUGAAUGACAUAAUUCAAGUAUUGAAAAGAUAGGAGCUACGUAAAUUAUAAUUUUAAAACUAAAACAUUUUUUUAUCAAAUGAAUUGUAUUAAUAUACCCCAGUCCCUCAGAAGCAUAGGUUCUUUUAGGUAGCUCUUGUAAAAACACUGAUUUCUAUGUGAAUAUAUAGAUUUAAUACUAUAUUUAAAAAAAUGAAAAAGUGAUUCAAUUUUGCUGUCCAAAUUGAAAAUAAAUAACAUUUUUUAAAUUUAUAUACUUAUUUAAAUUUAUAAAGACUUGUUUUUGGUUUACUCAAGGAAUAUCAUUUUAUGAAAAUAUGUUGAGUUACAUAAUUUUUUACUCUGAUCAGUGGAAUAUAAUUAUUUUAACUUUGUUCUAAUGUUGGAUGUAAAAUAGUAUAAUGUAACAUUUAUAAGUAUAAAAUUCUAAAAUGCAUUAUAUCUAUUUAGCAAUAGUUAUUAAAAUAUUUCAAUAAACAAGUCAUUCAUAGUUUCAAAGUCAAGGUUCAAAAUUUAUAUUAAAUAUCUAAAAUUUUUUGUUUUAUAUAUAAUUCUAAAAUAAUUUCAUUUUAGAAGGUAAAAUGUAUAGAGAAAAAACAUACUUUUAUGAAUAUUUUGCAUUCAAUUUUUUUUUUUUUGUUUUUUUGUUGUUUUUUUUUUAGUUUUUUUUUUUUUUUUUUAACAAAUAUUGUAAGUAUAAAGUUAAAUUCAUUUAGUAAAAUAAUUAAUUUUUAUUUUUAUUUGUUGUUUAUUAAUAAAUGUUAUCAUAUUGUAAAUUAUUUAUCAGUUGGCAAAUUUUGUCAAAAAUAGGAUUCAUACCAGUUCUUAUAGUAAAAAUAUUAAAUCACAAAAUUAAUUUUGUUUCAAAUAUAAUUUUUAAACAUGUAGAACACAGCAAAAGAUAACAAUAUUUUAUAAAUUUAAUUUUGCUUGGUCAAUUCCUAUUAUGUUUAUAAUUUCUAAAAUAUAAUUUUAUUUAAAAUGUUUUCUACAAGAAAUAAAAAUAAUAUAAAAAUUAAAUUGACUUCAUAUUAUAUUAUAAUUAAAAUAUUAUACUACAGUAAUGAAAAUAUAAUCUUUUUAUAAUAUAAAUUUGAUAUAUCCUGUAUAAAAUAUCUAGUCCAAAACAUAAAAUUAUAAUUAUAUUAUGUUUUAAUUUAAUUUCAUCAAAAAAAAAAAAUUUAAUAAAAAAAAACAAAUAAUAGAAACUAAUUUAAUAUUAUCUCCCCAAUUUUAAUAUUAUGAUAUGAUGUACAGUUGAAUUACAAAACUUGUAGGAGGUUUUAAUAUUAAAAUCAAACAAUUAAUUUUAAUUUUAGAAUAUAAAAUUUUAUUGUAAUUAUCUAACAACCUAAUUCUUGAAUAAAUUAUAGUAUAUAUUAUAUUAACACAUCUUCAAGUUUAACCACUCCUUGUCCACUUGAAUUAAAAUGUGAUCUACUAUGUCUUCGUCUGUUUUUUUAUUUGGUUAAUAUCAAUUUUUUUUUUCAUUAGAAAUUAAUAUUUCCUUUUCAUUAUGUAAUAAUUGUUAAAAAUUUAAAGUAAAAAUAUUAUAUUACAUAUAAAUCAUAUUUUUGGCGAAUUAGAUACAUUUUUUAUUUUUAAGUGUAUUUAAUAGUCAUAAAUAAAGAUUUUUUUCAUGGAAUAAUAAUAUUUUAAUAAGAAAUUGAUUAUUACAAUUUUAAUUUUAAGGUAGUAUGAAUUUAUAUGUUGUAAUCGAUUCUUACGAAUCUAAUUUAGUUAUUUUAAUUUUACACUCAAUAUUUAAUAUUUAUUUUUAAAUUUUCAAAGUAAAUCUUAUUAAUAUUAAUAUUGUAUGUAUAAAACAUUUAAUAUAAUAUAUUGUACUCUAUAUUAUGUAUAAUGUUUGUUGGUUAGACAAUGGAUACAAGAUAAUUGAAAAUGUUCGUCAAAAUAUUUUUGCGGUGUAAACAAAAAAAUGAUUUAAUAAAGUAACUUUGAACAGAGUAUUAUUAUUUAUGUUAAUGUUUAUUAUAAUUUAAUACUGAUAUUAUCAGUAAACCUUUUGAGUUAAGUUUGUGAUUAGUGUAUAAGUUAAUAGGAUAUUUGUACGGAUAAGGUCUAUAUAAAUUUACUAUGGAGUUGCUUACUAUGAUACUAUUAUAUAUUUCUUAGUUCUAGAAUAACUGCCCAAUAGUUGAAAUUGAAUGAUGAAAAGAUGUUAUUCUGUAGGCUGUAGAGGACACAUUUAAAAUCAUGUUGCGAUGUAUAGUUUAUAAUUUUGCAGGCAAGUAUCAUUUUGAUGUAAAUGUAAAAGUUUUUUUUUUUUUGUUAAAAUAUAUUAACAUUGGUUUAGCUUUAGCAUAAUAAUGAUGUCUUGUUUGUUUUGUCCUAUUGGUCAUUAAUAUUUUUUUGGAUAAAAUAUAUACUUUAUGAAUUAUAACA